GAUCCUUAAUUUGGAUUUAAACGCCACCAAAGAUGGUGCGGGUGGGUUCAAAGGGGGUCCUAUAUUUCUUGACCUGUGUUGAGAGAGCUUAAAGCUCAAGCCUCUGCUCCUCCUCCAACCAAGUCAUCGAUAUCCUCGCUCCUGCACAGUCUCCCACUGAAAGUCUCCCCCUCAAGAAUCGCCUCAAGCUCCGGAAGCAAAGGCCCUUUUCCAGCAAGAGGCGUAUAAUAUGUCUUAAGGGCUCUGGGAGGGUGUUGUUUUUUGAGUUCUUUUCACGCGAGCGAUAGUUACUUGGCGGAGUUCAGCUGGUUUCAGCUCAAAGCAGCUUCUGGGGUUUCUGGUUUCUUGGAGGCUGCAAGAUUAGGUUUCUCUUCGUGUUAGAGAGAGAGAGAUGGCGGAGAAGAGUGAUGCAGAGAAGGUGGAUGACGUGAUGUUGCCUGGGUUCAGGUUCCAUCCCACUGAUGAAGAGCUCGUCGGGUUCUACCUCAAGAGGAAGAUUCAGCAGAGGUCGCUCCCCAUUGAGCUCAUCAAGCAAGUUGACAUCUACAAAUAUGAUCCUUGGGAUCUUCCAAAAUUGGCAAGUACUGGAGAGAAAGAGUGGUACUUCUACUGCCCCCGAGACCGCAAAUACAGGAACAGCGCACGUCCGAACAGAGUCACAGGUUCCGGGUUCUGGAAGGCGACCGGGACCGACCGGCCUAUCUACUCCUCCGACGGAACCAAGUGCAUCGGCCUCAAGAAGUCCCUCGUGUUCUACAGAGGCCGAGCCGCCAAAGGCAUGAAAACCGACUGGAUGAUGCACGAGUUCCGCCUCCCUUCCUUUGCUGACUCCGCUCCUCCCAAGAAGUUCUUGGACAAGAACAUCCCCCCUAAUGACUCAUGGGCUAUCUGUAGGAUAUUCAAGAAAACCAAUUCCAUGGCACAAAGAGCUCUAUCACACUCCUGGAUCACUCAAAUACCCGAACAUAUCGGGUUGGAUCCGCUCGGCGACGGUGCGCAGUACUCUCAGUUUGGCUCGGAGAACAUUUCCUGCACCACAGAGACUGGAUCAGCCACCCAGCAUCCAACUUCUGCUGGCUUCAACUCCUUGGAUGUUCAAUCAUACAGGCCCAUGUUAUACCCGCCGGUCUCUAAAGCCUCCACUCUCACAAUCUCAAACAGCGACUUCCCCAGCACCCUCGUCUUCUCGCCCCUUGAUAUGCCGCCAGGACCUGCCAAGUGUGCAGCCGACACAUCCCCAAUGCUCAUGUGCCCUGCCUUGAUGGGCGGAGACGUCAACCAGGGGUCGGAGAGCAUAAGCUUCGAGGGGUCACAUCAAUUCAGUGGCUUCUCAAUAGGUCUUCCCCAGGAGAUGCAAGGAAACGCCGGGGGUGAAGAGGAGGCGGCAGGACUGAAGAAGAAUCACGGUAUGCUCCAUGUGAAUAGCCAGUGGCCAGUGACCACGCGAUCAAUGGGCUUCCCCUUCAGCUUGCCUUCAAACAUGCCCUGGGACUCACCUCCAUGUCCUAGCGAGAUGUCCACGGCUUUCUCGACGAACAAAUGCUACAAUUGAUUGAUCGGGACGAGCCUUAUACGUAGAGAUAGCUGCUUUUUUCGUGUUUGGUGCAAAUGCUUUGGAGCUUAUCCCAGGAAAAAUUGUUAUCCAUCUAUGCUGUUUUAUGUACAGUGUCCUAGGCUCCUGUUACACUUGUUAGUGUCAUUAUUUUCCUAGUAAUGUGUUUUAAA